CCGCCAGCGCCGGCCCCCGCUCCUGCUGCUGACGGCGCCCAGGGCAAGGGACAUAGGAUGACCCCAGCCUGUCCCCUCUUACUGUCUGUGAUUCUGUCCCUGCGCCUGGCCGCCGCCUUCGACCCCGCCCCCAGUGCCUGCUCUGCCCUGGCCUCGGGUGUGCUCUACGGGGCCUUCUCGCUGCAGGACCUCUUUCCCACCAUCGCCUCGGGCUGCUCCUGGACCCUGGAGAACCCCGACCCCACCAAGUACUCCCUCUACCUGCGCUUCAACCGCCAGGAGCAGGUGUGCGCGCACUUUGCCCCCCGCCUGCUGCCCCUGGACCACUACCUGGUCAACUUUACCUGCCUGCGGCCUAGCCCCGAGGAGGCGGUGGCCCAGGCGGAGUCAGAGGUGGGGCGGCCAGAGGAGGAGGAGGCGGAGGCGGCAGCGGGGUUGGAGCUGUGUGGCGGCUCAGGCCCCUUUACCUUCCUGCACUUCGACAAGAACUUCGUGCAGCUGUGCCUGUCGGCUGAGCCCUCGGAGGCCCCGCGCCUGCUGGCGCCUGCGGCCCUGGCCUUCCGCUUUGUGGAGGUCUUGCUCAUCAACAACAACAACUCCAGCCAGUUCACCUGUGGUGUGCUCUGCCGCUGGAGUGAGGAGUGUGGCCGUGCUGCUGGCAGGGCCUGUGGCUUUGCCCAGCCGGGCUGCAGCUGCCCCGGGGAGACGGGGCCUGGCUCCACCACCACCACGCCUCCAGGCUCUCCUGCUGCCCACACCCUGUCCAAUGCCCUGGUGCCCGGGGGCCCAGCCCCACCUGCCGAGGCCGAUUUGCACUCGGGGAGCAGCAAUGAUCUAUUCACAACCGAGAUGAGAUAUGGUGAGGAGCCGGAAGAGGAACCAAAGGUGAAAACCCAGUGGCCGAGGUCUGCAGAUGAGCCUGGGUUAUACAUGGCGCAGACAGGCGACCCAGCGGCUGAGGAGUGGUCCCCGUGGAGCGUGUGUUCCCUGACGUGUGGGCAGGGUCUGCAGGUGCGGACCCGCUCCUGCGUGUCCUCCCCCUAUGGGACCCUGUGCAGCGGGCCCCUGCGGGAGACCCGGCCCUGCAACAAUUCAGCCACCUGCCCAGUGGAAGGCCAGUGGCUAGAAUGGGGUCCCUGGGGCCCAUGUUCCACAUCCUGUGCCAACGGGACCCAGCAGCGCAGCCGCAAGUGCAGCAUAGCGGGCCCGGCCUGGGCCACGUGCGCGGGUGCCCUCACCGACACCCGGGAGUGCAGCAACCUCGAGUGCCCAGCUGCCGAUGGCAAGUGGGGGCCGUGGAACGCUUGGAGCCUGUGCUCCAAGACGUGUGACACAGGCUGGCAGCGCCGCUUCCGCAUGUGCCAGGCCUCAGGCACACAGGGCUACCCUUGCGAGGGCACUGGUGAGGAGGUGAAGCCCUGCAGUGAGAAGAGGUGUCCAGCCUUCCAUGAGAUGUGCAGGGAUGAGUAUGUGAUGCUGAUGACGUGGAAGAAGGCGGCUGCUGGCGAGAUCAUCUACAACAAGUGUCCCCCGAACGCCUCAGGGUCUGCCAGCCGCCGCUGUCUCCUCAGUGCCCAGGGUGUGGCGUACUGGGGACUGCCCAGCUUUGCCCGCUGCAUCUCCCACGAGUACCGCUACCUUUAUCUGUCACUUCGGGAGCACCUGGCUAAGGGGCAGCGCAUGCUGGCCGGUGAGGGCAUGUCGCAGGUGGUGCGCAGCCUGCAGGAGCUGCUGGCCCGGCGCACCUACUACAGCGGAGAUCUGCUCUUCUCUGUGGACAUUCUAAGGAACGUCACUGACACCUUUAAGAGGGCCACCUAUGUGCCCUCGGCUGACGACGUGCAGCGCUUCUUCCAGGUGGUGAGCUUCAUGGUGGACGCAGAGAACAAGGAGAAGUGGGAUGACGCUCAGCAGGUGUCCCCUGGCUCUGUGCAUCUGCUCCGUGUCGUGGAGGACUUCAUUCACCUGGUGGGCGAUGCUCUCAAGGCCUUCCAGAGCUCUCUGAUUGUCACGGACAAUCUGGUGAUCAGCAUUCAGCGCGAACCUGUCUCGGCCGUGUCCAGCGACAUCACGUUCCCCAUGCGGGGCCGCCGGGGCAUGAAGGACUGGGUGCGGCACUCGGAGGACCGCCUCUUCCUACCCAAGGAGGUGCUCAGCCUCUCCUCCCCAGGGAAGCCAGCCACAGCCACUGUUGCGGGCAGCCCUGGCAGGGGGAGGGGCCCAGGAACAGUGGCCCCUGGCCCAGGCCACUCCCACCAGCGCCUGCUCCCGGCAGACCCAGAUGAGUCCUCCUACUUUGUGAUCGGUGCUGUGCUCUACCGCACCCUUGGCCUCAUCCUGCCACCCCCCAGGCCCCCACUGGCCGUCGCGUCCCGAGUGAUGACAGUGACUGUGCGGCCCCCCACCCAGCCUCCAGCUGAGCCCCUCAUCACAGUGGAGCUCUCCUACAUCAUCAACGGCACCACGGAUCCCCGCUGCGCCAGCUGGGACUACUCCAGAGCAGAUGCCAGCUCAGGGGACUGGGACACUGAGAGCUGUCAGACCCUGGAGACCCAGGCAGCUCACACCCGCUGCCAGUGCCAGCACCUGUCCACCUUUGCCGUGCUGGCCCAGCCGCCCAAGGACCUGACCCUGGAGCUGGGAGGCUCCCCCUCGGUCCCCCUGGUGAUCGGCUGUGCGGUGUCCUGCAUGGCGCUGCUCACCCUGCUCGCCAUCUAUGCCGCCUUCUGGAGGUUCAUAAAGUCUGAACGCUCCAUCAUCCUGCUGAACUUCUGCCUGUCCAUCCUGGCAUCCAACAUCCUGAUCCUCGUGGGCCAGUCCCGGGUGCUGAGCAAGGGCGUAUGCACCAUGACGGCUGCCUUCCUGCACUUCUUCUUUCUCUCCUCCUUUUGCUGGGUGCUUACCGAGGCCUGGCAGUCCUACCUGGCUGUCAUUGGGCGGAUGCGCACCCGCCUCGUUCGCAAGCGCUUCCUCUGCCUGGGCUGGGGUGAGCAGGGCCAGUGCUGGACUCUGCCGCUGGGCCUUGGCGGGCAGGGGCAAAGAGAGGUUCAGCUUUGGCCCUGGCCCAGCUCUCUGGGUACCAGGGUCAGCUGGGCUGGGAGUCUGGGAGAUCGAGGGGGCCCUGAAGACCAGCGGCCGUCUCACUCUGGCGCCCCCGCUCCCCCAGGUCUGCCUGCCCUGGUGGUGGCUGUGUCUGUCGGCUUUACCCGAACCAAAGGAUACGGUACAUCCAGCUACUGCUGGCUCUCCCUGGAGGGCGGCCUGCUCUACGCCUUUGUGGGCCCUGCAGCUGUCAUAGUCCUGGUGAACAUGCUCAUCGGAAUCAUCGUCUUCAACAAGCUCAUGGCGCGUGAUGGCAUCUCCGACAAAUCCAAGAAGCAGAGGGCCGGGUCGGAGCGGUGCCCCUGGGCCAGCCUGCUCCUCCCCUGCUCAGCGUGUGGAGCGGUCCCCAGCCCCCUGCUCAGCUCAGCCUCGGCCAGGAACGCCAUGGCCUCACUCUGGAGCUCCUGCGUGGUGCUGCCCCUGCUGGCCCUCACCUGGAUGUCUGCCGUCCUGGCCAUGACAGACCGCCGCUCCGUCCUCUUCCAGGCCCUCUUUGCUGUCUUCAACUCCGCGCAGGGCUUUGUCAUCACCGCUGUGCACUGCUUCCUGCGCCGAGAGGUCCAGGAUGUGGUGAAGUGCCAGAUGGGCGUGUGUCGGGCCGAUGAGAGCGAAGACUCCCCCGACUCAUGCAAGAAUGGGCAGCUGCAGAUCCUGUCAGACUUUGAAAAGGACGUGGAUCUGGCUUGUCAAACAGUUCUGUUCAAGGAAGUCAACACUUGCAACCCGUCCACCAUCACGGGCACACUAUCCCGCCUGUCCCUGGACGAGGACGAGGAGCCCAAGUCCUGCCUCGUGGGUCCUGAGGGCGGCCUCAGCUUCUCGCCGCUGCCUGGGAAUAUCCUGGUGCCCAUGGCAGCCUCGCCAGGGCUGGGGGAGCCGCCGCCCCCCCAGGAGGCCAACCCUGUGUACAUGUGUGGGGAGGGCGGCCUCCGGCAGCUGGACCUCACAUGGCUGCGGCCCACUGAGCCGGGCUCCGAGGGGGACUACAUGGUGCUGCCCCGGCGGACUUUGAGCCUGCAGCCUGGCGGUGGGGGCGGAGGGGGUGAGGAUGCCCCAAGGGCCCGGCCUGAGGGGACCCCCCGGCGGGCUGCCAAGACACUGGCCCACCCUGAAGGCUACCCCAGCUUCCUGUCCGUGGAGCACUCGGGCCUGGGGCUGGGCCCUGCCUACGGAUCGCUACAGAACCCCUAUGGGAUGACCUUCCAACCGCCACCGCCGACACCCAGCGCCCGCCAAGUGCCUGAGCCGGGGGAGCGCAGCCGGACCAUGCCCCGCACGGUGCCCGGCUCUACCAUGAAGCUGGGCUCCCUGGAGCGGAAGAAGUUACGGUAUUCAGACCUGGACUUUGAGAAGGUGAUGCACACCCGGAAACGGCACUCAGAACUCUACCACGAGCUCAACCAGAAGUUCCACACUUUCGACCGCUACCGCAGCCAGUCCACGGCCAAGAGGGAGAAGCGGUGGAGUGUGUCCUCGGGUGGGGCGGCCGAACGGAGCGUGUGCAGCGAGAAGCCCAGCCCCGGGGAGCGUCCUGGCCUGACCCAACAUCGGCGACAUCAGAGCUGGAGCACUUUCAAAUCUAUGACACUGGGCUCACUGCCCCCUAAGCCCCGAGAGCGGCUGGCUCUGCACCGGGCCACAGCCUGGGAGCCCACAGAACCACCAGACGGCGACUUCCAGACCGAGGUGUGAGUGCCACGCUGGACUGCCCACCACAUAUAAAUAUAUAUAUCUCUCUAUUUUCACACUCCACUUUGGAACCACCCAGGAGCCGGCGCCCCCUCCCCUCUCCUGAGGGCUGGGCAGGGAGGCGCGGUGGACUCGGCCAGGCUGGGGGGGCCAGACACAGCGUGGCCCCUCAGAGGCCCCUCAGCCACCAGAGCCCCAUCUUCACCCCAGCCUGUCUGUCCCUGUCCCGGGCUGGGGAGGGGGGAGGGGGACUUUGUUGGGAAUAAACUUCACUCUGUGGA